UCAAUUCCUCACCUCAUUGCAGCUCAUUGCGUGGUGUAAAGUGUGUAUAAACCCUCCAAAAAGUUGACUCUGCUUCUGACAAAAAGUAUUUGUUUACAGCGAAAUAAUAUAAUACCAAUACUUCCAGGAUUGCUUUUCGUAAUCAGUCAAACAAGCAAAAAUGGCUUUCAACCUAGGGGGUGGCACACCAGCAAACACAGCAACGACAGGCUUCAGUUUGCUAAACAAUCCCGCCAACACUACGUCAAACUUCAAUCUGAGCACAACAACUGCCACAACUGCAAGUGGAUUCAAUUUGGGUGGUGCACCAUCCACUGGAACCACUGGAUUCAGCCUGGGAGGCUCCUCAGCUCCUGCAAGCACUGGUUUUAAUUUGGGAGGUGUACCUGCAGCCACAGCUAGCACAGGAUUUAGUUUUGGAACUCCCUCUACAGCUGCCACAUCUAGUACAACACCUAGUUUGGGUGUUGCUGCAGCUUCAGGAACUCCAGCCAGCACUGGAUUCAAUCUUGGAGGCUCCACAGCAGUAGGAACAACUAGCUUUAGUCUAGGUGGUACUGCUCCAGCAAACACUGCUGCUUCUUUACUUACUUUAGGCAAAACCACUUCUACAUCGACUCCCACUAUUGCUUCUGCAAUCAGUCAACCUCAAACUUCUUUGGGCGCCACCACAACUGUCAGUACUUCUUCGGCCAGUAAGCCAUCAGGCGCAAUAAACUUUUGUCAAUUGGAAGAAUGUAUAAAUAAAUGGACACUUGAAUUGGAAGAGCAAGAAAAAGUUUUUGUUAAUCAAGCGACGCAAAUUAAUGCUUGGGAUAGACUACUCAUAGCCAAUGGAGAAAAAAUUAUCACCUUAAAUCAAGAAGUGGAAAGAGUCAAAUUGGAGCAACAACAACUUGAGCAUGAGCUUGAUUAUGUGGUUGGCCAGCAAAAAGAACUACAAGAUUGUUUGGUGCCUCUUGAAAAAGAACUUUCGACUCUAUCAGUAACAGAUCCAGAGCGAGAAUACACGUACCGUUUAGCAGAAAAUAUUGAUACACAGUUAAAACAAAUGUCUGAGGACCUCAAGGAGAUCAUAGAACACCUGAAUGAGGCAAAUCGUGCACAAGACUCCAGUGAUCCAAUAGUUCAAAUCGUAAAAAUUCUAAAUGCACACAUGAAUAGUUUACAGUGGCUGGUUCAAAGAACAAAUUUAUUGAGUUCGAAAAUACAGCAAGUCGAUCAGAUGCAUCAAAGCUUUAGGCAGGAAAAUGAAAGGACCUUCAGUUUAGCCUAUAAUUAAACAUUUCCAUCAGUAAUAUUUAAAUUGAAGUUCUGUAUUUUUGAAAGAAAAAAAUAUUGU